AUGCCGCCCGUCCCCAGCACCGAUAAUCGUCCUGCUGCUGCUGCUGUUGUGGUUGCCUCCGCCUCCUUCGAGUUAAGUAAUGUAGGAGGUAACUUAUCUGGGGGUAACUCGCCUCGACCUUCGUCUUCGGGUUCGAGUGGCAGUCGCCUCUCGCCAGCUGUCAGUCCCGACACAAGCGUUUCACCCCCAAUGACAUCUACCAUGAGUUUUGUGCCGAAACCAGGUUUGUUGAAUCUACAGCAUGCAGCAGCCGGUGUCUUCCAGACCCACCUGCCCUUGUCCGGACUUUUCCACGGUGGACAGCAACUGUUCGCCGCCUACAAUGGACAUGCAGGGUCCGGAGGACAUUCCGGUCUGCCUUUUUUGCCUGGAAGCGCGUUCCACACUCCGACCGAACAGGCGUUCAAACUCGCUCAAAUGCAAGGCGUCUCCUACGAUUGGCUCGCUAGAAACGGAAUGUUUAUGCCACGAAUGAUACAGCGUUUUAUCUAUCUAUCUAUCUAUCUAUCUAUCUAUCUAUCUAUCUAUUCAUCUAUCUAUCUAUCUAUCUAUGUACUCCAAUCUGAUCUCACCCUCGCUCUCCUCUCUCUCAUUAUCUAUCUAUCUAUCUAUCUAUCUAUCUAUCUAUCUAUCUAUCUAUCUAUCUAUCUAUCUAUGUAUGUUCUUUCUUUCUUUCUUUCUAUCUAUCUAUCUAUCUAUCUAUCUAUCUAUCUAUCUAUCUAUCUAUCUGGUGUAUUACUAAUUUUUUCCACCUCUAAUUGUUCUAUCUAUCUAUCUAUCUAUCUAUCUAUCUAUCUAUCUAUCUAUCUAUCGCAAUUUCUUCAUAUCUCUCAGUUUUAUUUAAAUCUACAUCUCUCAGAUUCUCCCAUUCAUCUAUAUCUAUCUAUCUAUCUAUCUAUCUAUCUAUCUAUCUAUCUAUCUAUCUAUCUAUCUAUUUCAGACUUUCUUUUUUUCUAUCUACCUCUGUUUAUCUAUCUAUCUAUCUAUCUAUCUAUCUAUCUAUCUAUCUAUCUAUUUCGCUCUCCUUCUCUCUCUCUCUCUCUAUAUAUAUAUAUAUAUAUGUUUCCUCUUUGUUCGUUUAUUGUUUUUUUUUUUCUUUCUUUCGUUCGUUUAUUUCUUCACUCUUUCUGCUCUUUUUUUCAACUCGUCAUUAUAAUCCAUUUCUUUCUUUCUUUCUUUCUUUCUUUCUUUCUUUCUUUCUUUCUUUCUUUCUUUCUUUCUUUCUUUCUUUCUUUCGCUGCUCGCUCGUUCGUUCGUUCGUUCAUUUAUUCCAGAUUUUUCUUCACAUCAUUUUUUCUUUUAUUCUUACUGCCUUUUCCUUUCUUUCUUUCUUUCUUUCUUUCUUAUUGCCUUUUUUCUUUCUUAAGUUUGUUUAUUUCCUUUUAUUUAUUUCCGUUCUUUUUUCUUUCCCAUUUACAAUCUGUUUCAUUCAUUCAUUCAUUCAUUCAUUCAUUCAUUCAUUCUUUCUUUCUUUCUUUAGUUUGUUUUAACUUCAUUUCUUUUUUCCAUUCUCCUUUCUUUCGUCUAUACAAUCUUUUUCAUUUAUUCAUUCAUUCUUUUCUUUUUAGUUUUUCGUUCGUUUCUCCUUUUCCUUUCUUUCUUUCAUUUCUACCUUAUUUUCUUUUUUAA